UUACGCGACUCUUCGAACUUUCUAUUUUCUGUGAUUGCGUUGUGAGCUGGAACACCUUUUUUUGAAGAAAAUAUUUUAGUUCACCAAUUAAUAAAGGUGUGUGAUAUCAUUGUGUAAAAUUUAUUAAAACAGUUUUUAGGUUCCGCAAAUUUGUAGAAAAUAGAAAUGGCUGAAGUUGAGAAAAUUUCAACAACAGCGACGAGCUCUCCUGAAGCUAAUAUAAGCAGCGCUGACAUACCUUUAUCUGAAUUAGGUGAAGCUGCCGGCAAUAAUACAGUGGAAUUUGGUACUUCGCCAACACAAGAAAAGUCAAGUAAUUCCCAUCCUCAUGAUUCAGAAUAUGAUACCGCAUCAGACCUCGAAGGUGGUGUUGAUGAAUACGACGAUGAAGAGGAUGACGACGAUUUAGAUGAUGAAAGUAUGACAGAUGGAGAAAGCAUGACUGACGAUGAUGAUGACGACGACGAUGAAGAAGAUGAAAGACAAGGUAGCAUAAGUUUAGAGAAAGCAGAAAUAGAAGAGCAAAAGAAAGUAGAUGAGGAUCGCAGCAACCCGCAGUACAUACCGAAGCGUGGAACAUUCUAUGAACAUGAUGAUCGUACAGCUGAAAUUGAUGUCGAUAGAUCUGUAAAUGUUGAUGAAAUUUGUGAAUCCCAAGAUGGUGCGGUCAGUGGGGUAAAACCACCACAAUCACCUACAAUAUCUCAAGCUUCGAAAACAAUGAAGAAAUGGCAGCCAGCAUCAGCUGUAGAACGUUGGAGCCACGACCGAUUCGAUGCCUCGGAGCAGGCUCCAAAGUCACGUACCGAGUUGGUAUCCGCUUACGGAUAUGACAUUCGGACGGAAGAUGCCCCACCGCGGGCUCGUCGGCGCCGCCGAUAUGGUCGUGGCCCUAGUAAGUAUUCACGUAACUGGGAAGAUGAAAGCGCUUAUUUAAAAGCAAGUAAUAAAGAGCGUAAACCACCACGUCCUUCAGACUUCCCAGUUCUAAAUGAACGUAAUGCACAUAAAACAAGAAAACCACAAACCAUUCGCGAAGAGAAAGAAAAUCGAAUGGACAAAAGAUCCAAUUUGGACAAAUCAUGUAGCUCGUCUAGACCAUCACAGCAACAAGAAGAGCGCCGUGAUAUGAAGGUUGGUAAAGGUAAAAACUUCAGUAAUCAUACGGGUAAUGUUGGUAGACAGGCACCAAUGGAAUUUAAACAAAAGCAACGUAACGCUCGACACUCUGGCCCUUCAUAUAGAGACUCUCAAAAUAGUCGAAACGAUUCACAUUAUGAUCGAGGUAACAAUCGUCACCAGUCCAACACCCAACAAAAUUCUGGAAUGGUGGACCACAAUCAACAUAAAAGUGGUAAUGGUAAGGGGCAAACACAUUCCAGACAGUCGCAAGCGGAAAAUGCUUAUGGCCAGGUUAUGGAUCAUCAGGUAACCAUUAGUGGUGGUAAUCAUUCAUCUUACUCGCAACAAAAACCAAAAUCGCCCAUGCAAUCCCAACAACAAUCUUCUAAUAUACCAAUACGUCAACAGCAACAGCCAAAAAAUACUCCACCUGCUUCUAAUUUAUCGCAGCGCCUGCAACAGGUUCAGAAUCGGAACGAUCCCAGUCACGUUGGUAGUGUUCAAAUGCAUGCCCUGGCUUCACAAAAUCAAAUAGUUGGACAGCAACAGCAAUUGGCAGGAGCUAAUGUUGUCCUCAAUAAUCAACAGAGUCCCCCAGCUCAACCAUUACAACAGAUACCACAAGAACAGCGGGGGCCACCAAAACGUUACUCAAGUUUACGUCGUUCUCAACAUGAAGCACAACAUAUAACUGAUCAAAUGCAGCAAAUGCAUAUACAACAACAACAACCUCCGAUGCUAAUACAAGACCAACAUAUGAUACAAGCUAACCUCAUGCAACUUUAUCAUCAGGAAAACCUACAAGCAAUGCAAGCUAUUCAGGCCACUCCGAACCCAAGUCAACCACAGAAGACCAAUUCGGGGUAUGCCCCUGUGCCGCCUGCAUCUCAAGGAACACCAUAUGCCAACUCUGGAAAUACUGGAACCUCUCAAACUGCAUUUUAUGUUGCUUCUCCCGAUGUCUAUACUGCCUCAGCUGCUGCUGGUACACAAGCGCAACCUCCUGGUCAAUAUGCGCAACAGGCACCUUCAAAUUACCUGCCCUCAUCCUCGACACCAACUACAGCUAACAUUGCCUAUGCCGGUGGACCGUCUACGACUACACCACCACAAGUGGCAGGUGCACCGGCCACAUCAUUUGGUCAACCAACAGCUGUACCACCAGCAACAGUGGCAAACGCGGCUGGAUCUGCAGCAAACAAUAGCAAUGCAAACUUUUCGAAUUAUCAGAAUUACAACACAGUUGGCGGAACCACGUAUUUUGUGCCACCUGCGCAGGCAACUACACGACCAGUGGUACUACCACAAAGACGUCCAACCAACGCCAUACCCAUAUUACCGCCGUCUGAAAAGAAUAAGCAACGUUCUGCAGAUGCCAAGGAUGAAGCGAAACUUCUUACAGGCAAUUCAGCAUCACAGGGUAACGGUGCUCAGUCGUCGGCACCCAUUGGUAGUGCCGAAAACAUUGAUCAUAUUAUUGAUAAUAUGUUUGUUCAACGUCCGGCUUUCCAGCCACCACAGGCAGGACAGGCAGCAACAACUAAUCCGAAUCGCAAAAGUUCCUCACCGUCUUCGACUAUAGACAACAGCGGUGGAGAUAGUAGUAGCAUUGGUAAUGCGUCACUUGGUGACGAUGUAGCUGCUAUUGCAGAUAAAUCGUCCAAAACUGGUGAAAAUGCUCAAUCGGAGAAUAAUAUGAACAACUCUAUAAUAAUAACAAAUGAGUGAGCUUCAAAAUUACCUAUAAUCGUUGCAUAAACUUCAAUCGAUAAAAUAAAAAAUUAUGAUCAAAAUCGAAAAGAUGAACAUUAACCAUGUCCAUUUGUAUGCAAAUUCAAACAAAAUCACUAAAUAGCAUAGCUACUUUCGUAAAAUUUCAAUGAAUGGAUAAAGUCAGAUAAUUUAUCAUAAAGGUUCUGUUUUAUUGCUUACUCUUUAUUCUCUCAAAGGUUUAUUCGUAUUUGCAUACAUAUACAUAUACGCAUACAUGAAUUUUAAUAAAUUAACUGUAGUUUUAAAAAAAAAUGUAGUAAAGAAUUAUGUAACCUUGGAAAAGAUGUGUUAUAUUUGAAAUAUAAAUUGUAUAAUUAACUUUUUUCUUCAGUGAAA